UCAACUGAACAGAUCUGGAAGGAGUCUAGUGAUGCUUUUAUAGGCCAAGUCAAUUGUGAAUUGUUAUUUUGGUAAAUGUAGGAAGAGGACUACCUAAGAAAAAGUGGUUCUAGCAGCUGCUAAGGUGCCGGUGGAAGGCCAAGAUGAAUGAAGAAUCCAAGAUGAGACUGUCAAUUCCAGUUCUAGGAGGCAAACUUCAGGGCCAAACGGAGGUCCCUGAUGGAAAAGAGCCAAGUGGGCAGAGAUACGGAAAUCCCACCAGAAAUACAUCUGGAACUACAGAGACCCUAUUCAUCACUUCUGCAGAGCAAAUGUUGUGGGAACCGCUUCUGGGGCUCCUCUCUUCAUUCCUUUGGGAAGUUAAGGUUUCAGGAGCACCCCAAAGGGACUUGCCAGCUAUUUCUUUCACUGGCUCCCCAGAGGCAGUUUUGAGAGCCAAAGAAACCAUCAGCAAAUUGCUUAUUUUGGUGGGCUCACAGGUUAAAGUCAACCUGAUGGAUGUUCCACGGCUCAAAGCUGUUGGAUUUUUCCAACUCCAUGAGGGAUUCCAUCUCUUCCUUUGGGAAGGAGAAGUUCCUCAUAUCAGGGUGGAUGCUGUAGUGAGGAUUGGCACCAGUGAUGGUCUGGACUGUGGAAAUACUGUGUUUGCUCAGAGGGUCUGGAGCCCAGAAGGGGCUCUUUAUACUAAUUUGGACAUUCAUUUUUCAUACCCACCAACAGUUGAACUAGCAGCUGGGAUGGUGAAACUGGCUUUGAAGGCCGCAUCACGAAAAGGCUUCCAGUCUGUAGUUGUAUCUUACUCAGGCAGUACAAUCUCCACAUCUGAAGCUGAGGCGAUAGUCAUAGGGCUGGAAGCCUUUAGGAAAAACAACCCUGUAGGCCCCUUGGAAAGCAUCCACGUGGUCUCUGGAGAUGGAGAUGCCACUGUGGCAUUCUACAAGGAGUGUCAGAAGCACUGGCGUUCUGGAAAGAAUGACUCAGAGAAGUUAAAAAACAUACUAUUGUCUUUAGAGUCCACCAGGAUUGAGGUGGUGACCAGUCCUGGUAUGAAGAAAAAAGCAGAUGUGGUGGUUCUUCCCCUGGUGCUGGAGUCUGAUGGGCUGGACUGGGGCUCAGGAGCCCAUGCCAUCACACAGAAGGUUCUGGAGGCAGCCCCCCAUGCCACUGACUUGUGUCCAGGGGACAUUCGUUUGGUGUCAGGUUCAGCUUUUCCAGAGUUUGACUGCAGAAUGACGUACCUGGUAAGAGUUGAUGACUCACAGCAGCAGCCUGAAGAAGCCCGUAAGCAGGCUAUUCGAAACAUGGUCUGGAGCUGUCUCAGCACCUUCUAUGGGUCCUUCUUGGAAUCCAUUGCGUUUCCCAUCUUCCAGCCAACAGUUGCAGGUCAAGCUAUGAAGCGGGAAUGGCUCCUUAUCUUGCUGGAGGAAAUUAAUCGGUUCUUGAAAAGUUUUCCCAACACUUGGGUGAAGCUGGUGCAAAUCAUUCCCCUUCCAGGAUGGACUCUGACUUGCCCGGUAGAAGAUUCUCUCUCUUUUGCUGUAGAGCCAGUAGGUUCAUGUCAUAUGGAGGAGCCACUUUUUCUCCAGUACCUAGAUGAGAACCCAAGUGCCUUUAAUGAAUUUCAAGUGCAACUGAAGAAGGCUGGUUACGACAUCCAAAUAGACUUACCCUGGAGACUCUUGAUAUUCCAGGCCAUCAAUCAGUCUGUGCAGCUGCUUGACUUAGGAAAAGGCUUUCAGUUUGUGCGGGAAAAGUAUAUACUGCAUUGUGAGACGCGGGUAGAAAUUCUAGAAAUCCUGUGUAAUCAGCUGAGCCUCAUGAAAAGAUUCAAAUCCAUCAGGAAUUACACCCUUGACAGAACGUGGCUUGUAGGCCUGCUUGAUGAGGUCAGUUCUUUCUUACAAUGCCUUGCCCACGAGGCCUCUCAGAGGCAGCUGGUGAGCUGGGAGUGCUCAGCUGAACCAUUGCCCCGGUAUACUAUUGUCAAAGAUACUGUGCUUCAGGAGGUACUCCCAUCCAAUCCUCUGAUAAAGGUUGAAAUUAUUGCUAAAACUCCGGCAACUAUCAGAUUCUGGGGAUGCCGUCAGAGAGUCAAUGAAGCAGAAAGGCGUCUUAGGGAGCUCUUCAACAGCUUCCAGAUUCUACCAGUCCCUCUGUCCAAUUUCCAGUUACAGUUUGUCAAGACACACUGGGGUAAACUGUUCCACAACAAUUUCUUCUUAGAGAGGAGCCUCCCAGUUGUUUUGGAGCUCUCUCAAAUUGUCCAGAUUGCUGGCCUAGACUUGGGUAAAAUGAAAGAAGCCAGAGAGAUCCUUAUGAAGCAAGUGUGUGAAAGGACUGUGGAGAUUGCAGAGGACCUGAAGUGGGCUACUGAGAGCGCAGAGUGGAAGGAGCUGCUGCAAAGGUUGGGGAUUCAUCAGGAAGUAGCCAUACAUCAUGUUGCACCUGGUUCUGUGACUGUGGUUGGUAUCUUUCGUCUGGUCAUUCAAGCAGAAGAAUCUGUUAAGGAAUAUUUGAGAGAUAAUUCCCCAAUAGAAGAAAGAGUGAGUCUUGCUAGACCAGAAUUAGCUUUAGCUGGGAAGAAUCUGCUUCAUAUAAUGGACUGGGAACAUCUCAACAUGAAUGUUAUACUCCAGCUGAACAGUCAACCUUUAGUGCUACAGGUCGGCGGUCUUCAAAAACAUGUGAGAAAAGCCAUGCCAACCAUUAAGAAGGACUUAGAUUCUUUGGUGCUCGAUAUAGUGCCUCUCAAGAAGAGGAUUCUUAGUGAAUAUUUCUCUGGGGUUGGAGCAAGUCUGCUAAAGAACAUGGCUUGGCAGUUGGGCUGCAUUGCUGGGAUGAAGAUUCAAGAGUUUGGCUGGAACAGCAUCAUGAAUAAUGAGGACCCCGUGAAAGGGAGAUUUGUUAUAGGCUGCCCAGGGACAAUAUAUGUAAUGGGCAAAUGGAACCAUGUGACCUCUUUGAAGCAAAAUGUGGCUGGUUUCAUUGAAAAGUUCUGUAAAAAAUCCAUCUGUCAUGAAGCAAUAGCAACUUUAAAAAAUGUGAACGUUGGUGAAUUCCUUAAGAACAUAUUGCACACGUUUCCCAUAGAUAUCCGUUGUCUGCAGGACGAUGAACUCCAGAUUUGUGGCUUCCAAGAAGAUGUGGAAAAUGUUCUGGAAGCUUUUCACAGAAAGAUUGAGGAAUACCAGUCUGAAAGGGUUGAAGUCAAAGCUCAAUAUGAGUUGGUCCCUUGCAUCGUUGUAAAGGAAAGCUUAUUCCAAGAGAGAUUUCCAACAGACCCUUUUGUAAGCACAGAAGUGUUGGCCGAAGAUCCAGCAACUGUCGUAUUUAGAGGUCCCCGUCAGAAGUUGAUAGAACUGAGGAGGCACUUUGAGGAGCUCCUUAGUGAUUUCCAAUUUUUACCAGUUCCUCUCUCCAAAUUCCAGUUUCAGUUUGUCAAGGCACAAUGGGGCAAGCUCUUUCACAACAGCUUUUUUUUGGAGAGGAGCAUCCCGGCCAUUUUAGAGAUCUCUGAAAUUGUCCGAGUUGGUGGUUUAGACUUGGGUGAAAUAAAAGAAGCAGAAAAGCUUCUUAUGGAACAGGUGUGUGAGAAGACAGUGGAGAUUGCAAAUCAGUUGCAAUGGGUCACUGAGUGUAAAGAGUGGGAACAGUUGUUAAACAGAUUAAAGUCUCAUAAGGAAGUUGCUGUCCAUUACACUCCACCCAUUCAGGUGACUGUGGUUGGUCUCUGUCCUCACACUGCUGAAGUAGAAGAAUGUAUUAAGGAGUACUUAAGAGACAAUUCCCCCCUAAAGGAAAGUGUGAUAUUUACUAGGCCAGAACUAGUAUUAGUUGGGGACAGUCUCCUUCAUAUUAUGGAUUGGGACCACUUCAAUGUAAGCAUCAAAUUCGAGCCAAGUGGUUGGAUGUUGUCAUUGCAAGUGAAAGGUCUCCGGAAAUUUGUGCAGGAAGCCAUCCGGAUUAUCAAGGAAGAUUUGGACUCUCUGAUGUUUGGUAUAAUACCUCUGAAGAAGAAAUCACUACACAUCUACUUCUCUGAGGGUGGGGCAGAUCUGCUGAAGAAAAUGGCAAAAAUACAGAAUUGUAUUGUAAGGAUGCAGAUCCAGGAGAGCCAUGGCUCUAGCAAUGGAAUCACCAAUAGUAAUGGAAAUGUGCUGCAAGACUUAGCUGAGGACCACAGGGCUGUGGUCCAUGUAGUAGGCAGAGAAAGCAACGUGACUUCACUCGAGCAGCAUUUGUCUGAUUUCAUUGCUAAAUUCCACAAAGAAACCAUCUGUAAUGCAAAUAUAUCAACAUUCAAUGAUGAAAACCUUAAAGCACUUUGUGAAGAUACCUCACAUCAGUAUCCAGUUGUCUUACAUCUUGUACGAGAGAAUGUGGUUUGGGUUUGUGGUUCUCAAGAAGAUGUUGAAAGUGUUACUGGGAAGAUUUACACAAAGUUAGAGGAAGCUCUCUCUACAAAGAUUCAAAAACAAAUAGAUUCCAAGCUUCUGUAUGAGACUAUCCGUUGGCAUCAUAAGACGGAUGCUGGGUGGUCUGCCUUUGACAUAAUAACCAAUCACAGUCUGGAGCUGGCCUAUGGCAAGAAGAAAACAUGGGCACUAGUGCCAUGGAAUGGAGUAAAAGUUCAGAUCAACUUUCUGAAGUGUGAAGCCUCCAUGCCAGGCAACAGAAAAUUCAGGAUAAGGAGACAGAUCUGCUUAUGGGACAAGAAUAUUGCUCCCUGGUGGGAAUCUAUGGAUGGAUGUUUAGUCAAGAAAGUGGAACUACAGGCAAGUUCAGAGGAAUAUCAGGAUGUUGAAAAGAAUUUCAACAAGACAGCUGGGAACUAUAAAAUUGUCAAAGUGGAGAGGAUCCAAAACCUGUAUCUGUGGAUUUCUUAUUGCUGGAAACAAAGCUGGAUGGAGAAGAAGAAUGCAGAAGGGACACAGAAUGAACUCAUUCUCUAUCAUGGGACCUGGCCAGAGAAUUGUUCUUCUAUCUGUGAGAUUGGCUUCAAGAACGCUUUCCGAAGGGAAAGUCUCUAUGGACAAGGCACUUACUUUGCCAUGGCUGCAGGCUAUUCUGUGUCCUGUGCCAGACCAGAUCCCCAAGGGCUCCAAUACAUUUUUCAAGCUCGGGUUCUGACUGGGGAGUAUGCUUGUGGGAAAGGAAAUAUGGCGUUGCCUCCAGUGAAGCAAGAGGGGAAAGGCCGCUAUGAUAGUUUGGUGGAUCUUCUUGACAAGCCAAAUAUUUUUGUGAUAUUCUUUGAUGAUUAUGCUUACCCUGAAUACUUGAUCACCUUCUGUGGCUGAACAUCUUGAUAGCAAUUCUGAGGGAACAGAAGCAAUGUGAGAGGAAUACAAGUGGAAGCAAAAGAUUCUCUGAUGUGAAGAAAGUGGAUUCCAGACUGGAACUGGGCAGGAUUUCUUCAGUGUGUAUAUAGUGUAUUGCUUGGGGGCGGGGAGGUUAGGAGGGAAUAAUAAAACAUGCAAUUCAGUUUCAGGUGGAGACCGUAUCUUCUGGAAAUGGUUUGUGGGGCGUUCCCAUGUCAGGAGAAGGAGACUGCAUGA